UAAAAAAAAAAAAAAACACUAUAUGUAAUUUUUUUUUUUUCCAUCUGUUCAACCGUUAUAAAAAAAAUGCUUUUGAAUGUUGGUGUUUCUAUGGUCACAUGUGAUAUUCAUUUGAAUGGAUACAUGCUGAAUUGGUGCAGAAAUCAAAGAUAAAAGGUCAUAGUGACAUGGGUGAGAGAGGAGAAAGUUUGGAUAAAGUUGUAAUAGGAGUCCCUAGACAGGAUGAAAAUGAGAGCAGGUUGGUUGGUGACAACCUAGAUGGUGAUGCCUCUGGAUCGUUCCAACCAAAUAGGAGGAAAUUCAAUAGGCAUAAUGCCAACCAAAUUCAACAGCUUGAAGCUUAUUUCAAAGAGAAUCCACAUCCUGACGAAAAAGCAAGACUAGAACUUGGAAUGAAACUGUCCAUGGAUAGCAACCAAGUGAAAUCUUGGUUCCAGAAUAGAAGAACCCAAAUGAAGUCGCAAUUGGAACGCUGUAAAACUCGAAUGUUGAAAGAAGAAAAUGAUAAGCUUCGCAUGGAGCAUAUUGCAUUGAAGAAAGCCAUGAGAAAUCCAACUUGCGACCGUUGUAGUCAGCAGGAUACUAUCGCUGGCAUAAAUGUUGACGAGCAUAAAACAAAUAUUGAACAUGACAGGUUGCAAGAUGAAGUCAAGAGGAUAAAAAUCUUGGCGGACAAAUUAUUAGGGCCUUCAGCCUUCUUUGAAGGAUCAAUGAAUUCCAUGAUGAAAAUUUCUGCUUUGGAAUUUCUUGCGGGAAGAAAUGAAUUUGGUGGUGUAAAUGUUGUGGACAUUGCAUCUCCAAUGGGGCUUGAUUUCGAAAAUGGCCUGUCAAGUCCUCUGCCAGUAAUUUCCCCUCGGCCCACCACAAGCUUGACUGUUAAAGAUGUAAAAUAUGACAUGUCAAUGUUAAUGGAUCUAGCAUUUGCUUCUAUGAAUGAGCUGCUUAAGUUGGCUGAUACUGGUGAACCUCUUUGGGUCAAAAGCUUGAAUGGAAGUGCAGAAACAUUGAAUCUUCAUGAGUACGCUAGAUUAUCUACCACAUUUAUUGACAUGAAACCUGGACAUUUCAUAACAGAAGCCACAAGGGCAUCUGGUAUAGUUCUUAACGACAGUCUGACAUUGGUGGAGACAUUAAUGGACAAGAGUCGAUGGGUGGAGAUGUUCUCAUGUAUUAUCGGGAAAACCUCUACUUUUGAUGUGAUUUCCACUGGCAUAGGGGGAAGCAGGAGCGGUACUCUGUUAUUGAUUCAAACUGAAUUGCAAAUUAUUUCUGAUUUGGUUCCUGUCCGCGAAACAAAAUUUCUUCGCUUCUGCCAGCGACAUGAUGUAGGUUGGGCUAUCGUGGAUGUGUCUGUUGACACAAUCCAAAAAAGUUCACAACAAUGCCAAAUAGGAAAUUGCAGGAGGCUCCCUUCUGGUUGUAUUGUGCGAGAUAUGCCUAAUGGUUACUCCCAGGUUACUUGGAUCGAGCACGUGGAAUAUAAUGAAAAUUUUGUCCAUCAUUUGUACCAACCUUUGGUCAGAAUUGGCCUAGGGUUUGGUGCACUAAGGUGGUUGGCCACUCUACAAAGGCAAUCUAAUUUCUCAACAGUGAUGAUGUCUUCUGUUGGCCCAACAGUAUGUACAAGUGGUCAGAGAAGUAUAAGGAUGCUGACUCAACGCAUGAUUCACAACUUUUGCGCUGGUGUUUGUGCAACCAUUCACAAGUGGAAAACAAUACAAUUAUCAAAUGGAGAAGAUGCAAAGUUGAUGAUAAGGAAGAACAUUAGCGACCCUGGUGAACCUAUUGGUUUAGUGUUGAGUGCUACAAAGACCAUCUGGUUGCCGAUGGAACAACAACGUUUGUAUGAUUUCUUAAUGAAUGAACAAACGAGGAGCCAAUGGGAUGUCUUGUCCAGUAGUGGUCCCAUGCAACCAAUGCUCCACAUUUUCAAGGGUCAAAAUUUUGAUAGUAGCAUCUCUCUUUUUCGUGCUAACGGAGAUGACACCAAUGCUGAUCAACAAAAAAUGCUGAUCUUGCAAGACACUUGCACGGAUGCAACAGGAUCCCUUUUAGUGUAUGCACCAAUUGAUUGUCCAGCAAUGAAUGUGGUGAUGAAUGGGGGGGACUCUUCUUCUGUGGCUCUCUUGCCAUCUGGAAUUGCAAUAGUUCCUGAUUAUUGUAAAGAUUUUUUUAGGGCUAAGGACUGCAACAAAAGUUUUGCGAAGAAAGAUAAUUGCUUUAGUUGUAGUGGGUCAUUGGUGACUAUUGGGUUCCAAGUAUUAGUGAACAGCUUUCCUGCCACAAAGCUUUCUAUGGAGUCAGCCAAAACAGUAAAUGAUCUCAUCUCUUGUAGAAUUCAUGGUAUCAAGACUGCUCAAGUGCAAAUGAUACUCCAAGGCUAAUUGCUAUCCGUUAGUUCAUUAACUCUUUUGAGUCAU